AAACAAAUUAAAAAAGACAAGUGGAAAUACAGUAAAAUUUUUAACAACCCCAAACCCCUAUGGUCAAAUCUGAAAAAAAAAAAAGGGUCUGAUCCAUCCUGUGUGCUUCCUAAAACGUCUAGAAAGAAACCCAAGUAUAUAAGUAGCGGAAUUCUUCCCCCAAAAAAGCCAUAGUUGGUGAAUUCUUGACUCUCAAAAAAGAUAGGAAAGUAGAACUUAUUAGAAAUCAUCAAAACAAAAAAAAUUUCAUCACUCUCCAUUUUUGAUGUUCUUCCUCCAUUAAAAAUUCAUCACUCUUCAUCCCAUUAAACUCCACCUUUUUUUUUUGGGAGUAUCAUUUCUUCUAAGUUCAAAUUGGAUAUUGUCGGUAUUAGAACCUUCAAAAUAUAUUUGUCACAUUCAUGCAAAAUAGCAUGGAGACUCAACACCGCCAUUACCAUUCAGAUACCGAAGUUGUCGACCGGAAAUCGAGUUUCAGCGGUCCGUUAAACAAAAGGGGUAGCAAAAAGAGUGCCAGAUUCAACAUCCCCGGAGAGAAUAACAACGCCACCGCCGCCGGCGGCGGGAGCAGUGGAAAUUCCGGCAGCAUGGCCGGUGACGAUGCGUACGUGGAAAUCACGCUGGACGUAUCUGACGACACGGUGGCGGUUCACAGCGUGAAGACUGCCGGCGGUGGCGAGAUAGAGGACCCGGAGCUGGCAUUGUUGGCCAGAGGGUUGGAGAAGAAGACUUCGUUGGGUUCGAAUAUGGUCAGAAAUGCUUCGUCCAGAAUCCGGCAGUUUUCUCAAGAGCUUAAGCGUUUCGCUUCUUUGAACCGAAGGCCUCCGAUGGGUAAGUAUGAUCGGACCAAAUCGGCUGCCGCUCAUGCUUUGAAAGGGCUUAAAUUCAUUAGUAAAACUGAUGGGGCAGCCGCUUGGGCCGCCGUCGAGAAGCGUUUCGAUGAGCUCACCGCCACCACCAACGGGUUGCUUCCCCGUUCAAAGUUCUGGGAAUGCAUAGGAAUGAACAAGGACUCCAAGGAUUUUGCGGAGGAGCUAUUUGAUGCACUUGGUAGGAGGAGGAACAUCACCGGAGAUUCCAUCGACAAAGCACAUCUUAAAGAGUUUUGGGACCAAAUUUCAGAUCAAAGCUUUGAUUCCCGACUUCAGACGUUCUUUGACAUGGUCGACAAAGAUGCUGAUGGCAGAAUUACUGAAGAAGAAGUGAAAGAGAUUAUUAGCCUAAGUGCAUCAGCCAAUAAGCUCUCCAACAUUCAGAAUCAAGCCGAUGAAUAUGCAGCAUUAAUCAUGGAGGAGUUGGACCCUAAUAAUAAGGGAUAUGUACUGGUAGAAAACUUGGAGAUGCUAUUAUUACAAGCACCAAGCAAAUCAGUAAGAGGGGAGAGCAAACUUCUGAGCCAAAUGUUAAGCCAGAAACUCAAGCCAACGGUGGACCACAACAUUUUCAGAAGAAGUUUGCAGAAUUUCAACUACUUUUUACAGGACAAUUGGCAAAGGAUUUGGGUGUUGGCGUUGUGGAUUGGGGUUAUGGCUGGGCUAUUUACUUACAAAUAUAUUCAAUACAAAAAUAGGGCUGCCUAUGGUGUGAUGGGAGCUUGUGUUUGCAUGGCUAAAGGAGCCGCUGAGACAUUGAAGUUAAACAUGGCAUUGAUUUUGCUCCCAGUUUGUAGGAACACCAUUACUUGGCUUAGGAACAAGACUAAGUUGGGUGCUGCUGUUCCCUUUGAUGACAACCUCAAUUUUCACAAAGUGAUCGCGGUGGCAAUUGCAAUUGGAACCGGAAUCCAUGGAAUUGCUCACUUGACAUGUGAUUUUCCAAGGCUACUUCAUGCAAGUCCGGAGAAAUACAAGCCAAUGAUCCAAUUCUUUGGAAAACAACCCACAAGCUAUUGGCAUUUUGUGAAGAGUGUGGAAGGAAUCACAGGGCUUGUUAUGGUGGUUUUGAUGGCCAUAGCCUUCACUUUAGCCACACCUUGGUUCAGGCGUGGAAAGUUCAAGAACUUACCAAAGCCCCUCAAGAAGCUUACUGGUUUCAAUGCCUUUUGGUAUUCCCACCACCUCUUCGUUAUUGUUUACGCCUGCCUCAUUGUUCAUGGUAUCAAGCUAUACUUGACCCACAAAUGGUACAAGAAAACGACAUGGAUGUAUUUGGCUGUUCCUAUCACACUUUAUGCCUGUGAGAGGCUGAUCAGGGCAUUGAGGUCGAGUGUCAAGCCUGUCAAAAUUCUAAAGGUGGCGGUAUAUCCAGGAAACGUGCUAGCACUUCAUAUGUCAAAGCCACAAGGAUUCAAAUACAAAAGUGGUCAAUAUAUGUUUGUCAAUUGUGCAGCUGUUUCCCCCUUUGAGUGGCAUCCGUUCUCCAUAACUUCAGCGCCUAGAGAUGACUACUUGAGUGUUCAUAUUCGUACUCUUGGCGAUUGGACCAGACAACUUAGAGCUGUUUUCUCUGAGGUUUGUCAGCCACCACCAACAGGGAAAAGUGGACUACUCAGGUUCGAUCAGUCGCCUGAACUUCUCGAAGGAGGAAUGGAGAAUAAUCCUAAUUUCCCUAGGGUGUUGAUUGAUGGACCAUAUGGAGCACCAGCACAAGACUACAAGAAAUACGACGUCGUGUUGCUCGUCGGGUUGGGUAUCGGAGCAACUCCGAUGAUCAGCAUUGUGAAAGACAUUGUGAACAACAUGAAAGCCAUCGAAGAAGAAGAGAAUUCUCUAGAAAAUGGCAGUCGCACACCUUCUCCAUUUGGAAGUCCCAUGACACAAAAGAGGAAAGUCGGAUCAGGAAGUGGAGGGAACUUCAGAACAAAAAGGGCUUAUUUCUAUUGGGUGACAAGGGAACAAGGCUCAUUUGAUUGGUUCAAAGGUAUAAUGAACGAAGUCGCGGAAACGGAUAAAAAGGGAGUCAUUGAAAUGCAUAAUUAUUGCACAAGUGUUUAUGAAGAAGGUGAUGCAAGAUCGGCUCUUAUUACCAUGCUUCAAUCCUUAAACCAUGCUAAAAAUGGAGUGGAUGUUGUUUCGGGUACCCGGGUCAAGUCACAUUUUGCCAAGCCAAAUUGGAGGAAUGUCUACAAACGAAUUGCCGUCAAUCACACGAAUCAAAGAGUCGGUAAGUUUUCUUUUCCCCCAUCCAAUAUAAGUUCUCUUUUUUUUUCCUUAAAAAAUUAUAACAUUUUUUUAGGGUUUGAUAUUUUUGUCACAUGCAUCGAUUUGUUGACAUCAUUAUGUGUUACCUUUUAAUGUUCUUAGUCCUUAGCCGUGUCUUUUAAGAAAAUGGGAUCAUGAAUCUACUAACUAAUUGGAUUAUGAAAAUAGGCCUAAGCUUUCACACAACUUUAUUUUUUAUUCUUGGUAUACAUUUUCUUAAUAAUUUAAGUACAAAGCAGACAUCUAACCUAUCCUAAAAAGCUUUUUGUUCUUGGAUAGAGAUGAUCAAUAAUGCUUUUGGCUUCUUCUUUGUUUUUACAAAAAAAAAAAGGGGUAUUGGCCUUUUGGGUAGUCAACUUAUUUUAUCUUAUAUACGUUAUCAUUACACAAGGUUUGGUUUAAGAUCAUGACUUCCACUAAAUGAAGCAUUUAGUCAUUAAUCUAUACCACCAUAUGUCUUUUGUACAAUACCAAAACAAGUGAGAAAAAAUAUUUUUAACUCAAAAGUGUAUUUAUUUAAGGUUAACGACAGAACAGGCAUAUAAAAAAAAAAUAAAAAUCGCCUCCAUGGAUUUUUAAUAUUUGAGUGGUUUUGCUUUUGUUGGAUGAUGAUGACAACCUUCAAUCAUGCUUGCAUUAUAAUAUAUGUGAAACGCAUGAAUCCACUGCUUUUACGUUUAUCUACCUCAUUGGUGAUAUUCUUAGCUAACUUUGUUAAAUGGUAUUAUCCCUAAUAUCGUUUUCUGAUUAGUACUUACAUUUUAUUUAUUUUUUUGGCUUUUUGGCAGGGGUAUUUUAUUGUGGGGCACCAGCACCAGUAAAAGAGUUAAAACAGCUAGCCUCCGAUUUUUCUCAUAAGACCUCCACCAAAUUCGAAUUCCACAAAGAAAAUUUCUGAUCGGAAUGGAGAAUAAUUAUCAAUUGAGAAGAAGAAGAAGAAUCUUCAAGACCCCUAAUUUCAAACGAAGCUCAUAACUUCUAGAUCACUUGGCUCUCUCAAGUUGCACCCCCUAUUGUACAGUAACAAUGUAGCUGAUGAAUAAUUUCAAAUAAGUGCUGUUCAUGUCACCACGACUUUGAGGAAACCAAAAAAAAAAAAAAAGGAGAGUUAUCAUGGAGGCCAAAAAUCGUGGAAUUGGUCCUACGCCUAAUGCAAUGGUGGGACACCCCCCAUGAAUUUUGAUAGUGGUUUGGUGACGUUAAUUGUAUUGCUUAUUUCUUGACUGACGUGGUAUAGGUUCGUUGUUUUUUAAACAAUUCCAAUUUUUUUCCCCCCCUAUAGAUAGAGGUAUACGAUAUAUAUCAGAUCUAGAGAGAUAUGGCGAAGUAUAUACUGUUAAACUGUUAAGGAUGGUGUGAUUGGCCGGGUAAUGGGAGAAUGCCGACCACCAACCAAGUAUACUAGUAUAUUAUUGAUCGUUGUUACCUACGGAUUGUGUAUUUCUUUCAAUAUUCAAACUGUGGAGAUCGACCCUUUUAUUUUUAUUUUUUUGGUGUAAAGAUUUCAUUUGUGGUUUUCAGCUUUGUAAACAAAGGGGACCAAAAUAUAUGGUAAUAUCCCACCUCCCAUUUCUUCCGUCAACUCAAUACAAUUGCAC